AUGGCCGAACAACCGACACCAGCACAGACGAGCGCAUCAGCUCCAGCACCCAUAGUUACAACCACGCGUCUCACAAUCCGCCCGAUGCGGCUGGAAGAUGCCCCGAACACAGCUCUCCAUGCUAACGACCCUCUUAUCGUUAAAUACAUGCGGAACACCUUUCCAAACCCAUAUACACUUUCUAGUGCCGAGCAGUGGAUCAACAUGAAUCUCGUACUCCCGUAUCAACACCAUUUUGUCCUCUGUGAACGAUCAUCACCAGAUGUCGCCAUUGGAGGUAUCGGCUUGAAACCAGGCAUGGAUGUGUAUGCGCACACUGCCGAAGUCGGUUUUUGGGUUGGAAAGUCAUUUUGGGGAAGAGGGUACACGACAGAGGCAUUGGAAGCCUUCACAAGAUGGUCGUUCGAGAGCUACGAGAACAACGGACAGCGACUAACGAAACUUUACUCUGGCGUGUUCUCUGGUAACGUGGCGAGCAUGCGAUGUUUUGAAAAGAAUGGAUAUGCGUUGGAAGGUGUACUGAAGGGUCACGUUGAGAAGAAUGGUGAGAUCCAGGACGAGCACAUGUUCGGGAUGACGAAGUCAGACUGGGACAGAAGGAUGAGCGAGAGCACCACGACCUAG